CCGUCCGCUCGGUGAAGAUGUCUGCGACGGGCUCUGGCGGCUGUGGACCCGGACCCGGGCCCGCCUCGGGCGCCGGCUCCGGGGCGUCCAACCCGCGAAAGUUCAGCGAGAAGAUAGCGCUGCACACGCAGCGGCAGGCCGAGGAGACGGCCGCCUUCCAGGAGGUCAUGAUGGACAUCACCUCGACCAGGCUCCAGGCGCAGAAGCUCCGCCUUGCCAGGAGUCAGGGGCCGUAUGGCGGCUCAUUACCCAACGUCAACCAGAUCGGCAGGAGCCCUCAGGACUUCCAGGGUCCCUUCCCCUCCGCUCUGGAGUCCAACCGGGCGACGCGGCAUCAUGGUCUGGUGGAGCGAGUCCAGAGGGACCGCCGUUUCAUCUCACCUGUCCGACCAUAUCGCAGCCGCCAAAUGGACAGCUCUCUGUACAGCCCAGCCUACCUGUCACCGCCGCCCGACCCCAGCUGGAGAAGGAAUUGGUCUGGAAACUUCCCCGGGGAUAAAAGCCAGUUGUUUCGUCUCCCCGCCACAGCACUCAACAGGACCAACUCUGACUCGGCCCUCCACACCAGCGUGAUGAACCCGCUCACCAGAGACCCCUUCGCCACCGGCGGACCCACGCUCGCCCCUCAGAGCCCCAGACUCAGCGGUCAGAGCGACGGCGAGGGCAGACGAAUGUUUCCAUACCCCGUUCCUCCCAUCGAGGAGAACGUGCUGGAUGAGGGAAAACUGCUCAAACACUGGGACACCAAGAAGAUGAACCCGGAGAAACAUCUGUCGUUGUUGUCGUCCCGACCGAAGUCCUGUGAAGUUCCCGGCAUCAAUAUCUUCACGUCUCCGGAGCAGCCGUCCACGCCGGCUCAUGGCGUCCCCUCGGGCUCGCUGCCCGACCUCUCCAGCCUCCACUUCCCCUCCCCGCUGCCCACGCCGCUGGACCAGGAUGAGCCGGGCUUCCCGGGAUCGUCCUCCCUGAGCGGGGGCAGCAGCACGGGGAACCUGGCCUCCACCCUCACCCAGCUGGGAAUCAAUGCCGCCAGUGCACAGGGAGGGAACGGCAGCUAUCACCACCCCUCACCAGGACUUCUGGCAUCUCUACAGAGCACGCUCAGUAACCCUUCGCUGCAGUCGUCGCUAAGCAACCCAAACAUCCAGUCAUCGCUCAGCAGCCACUCCUUCUCCAACUCUCUGAGCUCCACCUCCCUACACUCGUCACUCAGCAACCCUUCGCUGCAGUCGUCCCUCAGCUCCUCACCAUCCCUGCCGUCCUCCCUCAGCAGCCAGUCGCUGCACUCGUCCCUCAGUAACUCCUCCCUCCAGUCCGCAUCCAGCGGUAACCCCAGCUACAGCAGCGUGGGCGGCUCCGGCUCGUGCUCCUCCUCCUACUCGCCGCUGCUGAGCGGGCAAGGCCAGCCGCAGCUCAGCACAUCGCCGCGGCGGCGUGUCCAGCUGUCUCCGCUCAUUCUGCCCCUCGGAGGCGACUCACGGCGGCAUCACUCCAAACAGUUCUCUCCCACCAUCUCGCCCACCCUGUCCUCCAUCACACAGGGCGUCCCGUUGGAUACCAGCAAACUUCCUCUGGAUCAGAGGCUUCCGCCAUACCUGCUCAGCCAGUCCCACCAGCACCAGCCGGGCUCACACCAGCCCCUCUCCAGCAUGCCCGGCUCCCAGCCCACUCAGCAGCCCCCUCCGCUGGGUCAGCAUCACCACCAACAGCUGCACCGCCUCCAGCAGCCGCGGCCCAACAGCCAGCAGCAGCUCCACCUGCAGAACAUGCGCAACCAGCACAUGCAGCAUCACUUUGGAACGCAACAGAGGCCGAUGGGUCCGCAGACGAACGCGCCCAUGAAGAACGAAGGCACGCUGGAGCAGUGCGUCCAGACGUCCUUGCUGUGCCAAGUUAAACAGGAUGCAGAGCAGCAGAGAGCUGGCGGCCUCCCUCAGCAGCAGCAGCACCACGCCAGCCACAACCUGUCCCCCGACCUCUACAAUGAUACCUUGCUCAGCUCCCUGCUGGAUGACCCGUACCUGAGUCUGCAGCUUACUGGCAAAACUGAGCAGCAGUUCGCUGCCGAGAACCAGGCUGACGGUCUGUCCCUGAACCACAGCGGGCUGAGCUGCAUCAGCACCGACAAGAAUCAGUUCCCCUCCAACAGCCAGGGCCCCCUGGAUCUGCAGGACCUUGGGGAGCACCAGCUCCUCAACAAUCAGAACCAGAACUUCAGCGGCGGCGAUGGACGACACAACGUCCCUAACAUCAUCCUCACAGGCGACUCUCCGACGGGUCUGUCCAAAGAGAUCGCCAGCGCUCUGUCCAACGUCCCCGGGUUCGAGAUGGACUCCUUCUCGCUGGACGACCAGCUCCGGAUGGACCCGCUGUCCCUAGACAUGCUGGAGGGCAACCUGAUGCUGGCCGACCCGGCCGUGGAGGACUCCUUCCGAUCCGAUCGGCUGAAGUGAACCCCCCCGCUCCAGGAACGGCGCCCCACACAUGGAGGACUCUGCACUCUUACCGAUCUGCAGCCAGCCGGUCUGCAGAGUGACCUUUGGAAGGAACGCACCUUCAUCGUUUGCUGAUGAAGGAGUUGAGAUUUGUGUGGGGGGGCCGGAUGAACUAAAGGAGGCGGAGCCUCUCUAUCGAUGGCACUUAAACUGAAAAUGCUCUCGCAACGCUUAAAGUCAGAAACGGCAGAUGCUUCUCUUUUAGGCAUUAGCUUGUCGAGUCGUCUCUGCAGACACGCAGGAACGAGCGUGUAAAAACCAGCAGCGUGUUACGCACGGCGGAGCCCGCCUCAGCUUUCUGACUGUUCCCCGCUUCCACCCAUCAGCCACGAUGGCCGCUACGCCGCAGGAGAGAAGGCGUGCGGUUGGUUUGGAAGCCACUUUCUGCUCUCUCAGCCACUUUAACAGGAACUUAGCCAUGACCCGGAGGUUUCUGCUGUUCCCCACGUGCUGCUUCUGCUCAGGCCGAAUCGCUCCGCUCUUAUAUGCAGAAAUCAGUGUGACGUGCAAGCGCGUGCGGUCCUGCUCACCUUUAGGUUGCCUCUGAUUGGACACGAGCUUUAAUCCUUGGAUGACGCUGUGAUCACACGGGGCGCUUUGAGCACGCCUCGGCUCGUGUUUCAUCACAAAGGGUAACGUUUGUUUAUCGCCUUCAGACUCCAGAUGUCACGACUUACUUCAGAUGCGCUUUCUGUCGACGGGUCCACCCCUGCACACAGACUGUAAAUCGAGAAUGGACAUACCCACCGUGCGAGAGCGUCCCGUGUGGUCACAGAAUCAGCUCGCUCUCCAGCUUCUCUGUGAGAGCGUCAUCUGACCUGAAGGCUGGAGGAUGGAAGCCGCCUUCGGUCAGCUGGCGCUUGUCCGUCUGUUACAUCCACAUUCCCUCUACCUGCAGACCGCAGCUUGUCAGCUGACCUUUGAACCCAAAAUGAUGCUUUUCAAAGAGAUGGAGGAGGAGGGGAGCCUCCCUCCUCCUCCUGUGUUUUUUAUGAACACUUCGUACUCGAGUGUAAAGAAGUUUUUAUUUUUGAACCUUAAAGUGUAAAUAACUCCUCAGAUAUAAAAAAUGUAUUUAAGAAGAGAAACGUUUAGCUCGUAGCUGCCGGCGUGAGAUUAGCUGCACGUUCGUCUGAAUGUUUGGAUGUUGGAAGCUCGUCUUCAUCACCGUCAUCACUUUAACUGAACCUCUGAUCCGCUCAUCGGGGAGGUCAGCUUCAGCUCUGCAGCUCCGUUCUCAGCGAAACAGGUUAUAUUUAUAAAAAUAAAAAGCAGAAAAUGAAAGAAGGCGAUCGCAGAUCUUUAAAAGCUCCGACCGAUUCCUUCUUUCCCGCCUUAAAAUAAACGUAUUCAAGAUUUUUAGCAGAAAUGUCAAAUUACGUGUAUACAGAGCUGAGAGGACGCACAGGCAAAGGUGCACAAUUAUCAAUAAAUUAUCAAUUAUCAGCACUCUGAUCUGAUUUAACCCUUUAUUCUCUGUCAGGCUUUAUUUAUGACAUAGAUAUUCAACACAGCUAUAAAGACAGGAUCCUUUUUCAUGUUUUAAACAGAUUUUAAUUUCCUCUGAAAAUGUUUGAAUUUUAAGUUACUGAAAGUUUGUUCAGGGGAAGAAAAACAAGUCAAAAAAAGAAAAGAAAAGAACUGAAAUCAGAAGAUUUCCCAGAGUAAAAACAAGAUUAUUAUUAUUAUUAUUAUUGUUAUUGUUCCCUACGAUGAGCCUGAUCUCAGUCAUAAAUAUAACCCCUUCAUCUUCUGCUUUCAUAAUCUUUUCAGGUGGGAGAUGUCAGAAAAUAAAUGACAGAACAAUAUUUAACCAUACAAACUGACACAUGCAGUUUGAUUAUUAAAAAAGUAAUUAGCGGUUCAUUUUUUCCUUGUUUGCUGCUUUAAUUUGGGAGAAAAUCCAACAUUAUAACUCAAUCUCAAAUAAAUUAUAAUAAAUUUGAAGUAAUGUGUGCAUUAGAGCCACGUUACCUAAACCAGCCUGAGGAAUAUCAUGAAUAUUGAUCUGUGAGAUUGAAUCUGUUAGAAAAAAUAAGAACUUUAUAAGAAUUUUAUAAUCCUUCUUUAACUUCAACUCUUUUUCUCAAAUUUCCAAAUUAAAUUAUUUUUUUAUAUUUAUAGACAGAUUUUUAAAUUCCCAGGAGCUCCAUGAAAGGAUUCUUUCAUUUUUAUGAUUUCCUUUUUCAAAAAAAAUAAAAAAUUAUAUAUAAAAAUGGCCUUGAUGGGCUGCUGUAGGAAUGACACAAAUCAUGAUAAACCCAUAAAUCUCUCCUCUCUGUUUAUUGAGAAAACACUCAAAUAACCCAAACUUCCAGCCUGGAAGGUUUGGAAAAUCCAAAGUGAGGUGAAAGUGAAGGCAUGAAGGAGGAUUUUCAGCUGGAGCUUCAGAGCUGUGCCGGGAUUGUUGGUUUGGAAGUUUUCAGGAGGAAAUCUACUGAAACAGAAAGAACUAGAGGUCCAGAGGCGAUGAAGAAGAGUGAAGGUUCACGUGUAUCUGCUGCCCCCUGCAGGUCACCCAGUCAAACAAUGAGCAUGACAAUAAACAAAGUCCAGGAAGGAAAAAUGAACUUUACUGAAUUAAAAAUAAUUUCAAAGAGUCAAAGUGGAAAAACUAAGAGAAUCCUUUGAGUUUAGCUCUGAGGCGUUUUUCUGCAGCAGCUUCGGUGAACUCUGCCCGACCAUCAGAAUCAGGAGUGCAGCGGAAUGAGCCUUUAAUGCUGCAGCCUCCGCCAGGCAGCGAAGGGGAGCUCACAGCACCAUCAGUUAUUGAUCGACUGAUUUUGAAUCCUUAUUGAUCUCAGAUGAGUCGAUAUCAGUCGUUUGUCCUUUCUCAAUCGCAGAAAAUGUCCAGUAGCUUAAUUUAUUCCCCUCUGCUCGCUCCCUGAUCUGAUCAAUACGUAUUCACGUUAAUCUGCACUGGCCCCAGCAGGCUCCCGUAGGAGUAACAGCGAUCAUCAGCAGCAGUAAACAAGAACUGAUUUCUGCUGCUCUGCCUGCGUCUGUGUCAUAUCAGUUGGUCCGUAGAAGACUGUUUGUUUCCUGCUUUUUGGGAUGUUUUUUUUGUCUGCUUUGCAUUUCUGACACGUCUGAAACUGACGCAGUCGUCAAGGUGAAGUUGAUCGCAGGACGCCAACGAGCCGUCAGCCUGAGGUUAAAAGUCACACUUUAGCGUCGCAUCUUCAUUUGUUUCAGAUGACUUUUCUCCUCCUGGACCUCCUUCACCUUCAGGCCACUGACCCCUAAACAGUUUAUGGAGGCAGAAAAACACUUAAUAAAAUUAGGUUAAACUCACAUGAUGCAAAAAUAUUUAAAAUGAAUAUCUAAAAUGUCUUCUGAGAUUAAAGUCCUAAUUUUAUUGGGAAAAAUAUUUAUUUGUAUUUUUUAAUCUGAGAGAACAUCCAACUUUUUUCCACAUAAAUUUACAAAUAUAUUAAAUAUAAUUCUGAGAUUUUCCAUUAUUUUGUUUUUUGUUACUAUUUUUUUUUUCUUCCUGUAAUGCUCCCAAAAGGCUGCCAUAAGAAAUUAGUCAAAAAUCCAUAAAAUAAACCAAAAAACUAAAUGACUGAUUUUGGCAGUGCCAUAAUUUUGAAAAACACUUCCUGUUCCAGGCUGGAAAGUUCUGGAAAAUCUGACCCUUUAAAGCCAGCUUUGAGACAGCUGUCUCCUGAUUGGUCAGCUUCUGGAAGCUGAUGGCGCCUGUGAGCAGAUGACCAUAUAAGGACGUCUGUGCCGAGGCGACAUCAGCUUGUCUUGAAAAUAGAGGAAAUAUUUCAAGGAGCAGGUUCACAUAUUACUUUUUUUUAACAUCUUGAUUUGAAGUGUGUGACACACGAACACGAGAAAGCAAAAGCAGGGCGUGUCCUCUUCCUUUUCCUGCUUCCUUCCCUUCUUGCCUCUUUCCUUCUUCCUGUGUCUUCAGUGAAGGCAACAACGCCACAAAUGAAAAUGUUGUUAGCUUAGCUUAUUUUGUGGAAACAGGUGACGCGUUCGUCCUUCAGCUGCAGCGUUUUUUUUUUUAAUCCUUCUGUUAGAAUAAAAUGAAAACAUGUUCGAUCAAACAGGCGGAGGGGCUUCAUGUGAUGGUGCAGGAACAAAAAUGUCUCAUUUCCUGUUUAAGAUGCUUUUUUCUUUUUUUUUUUUUCUUUUUUUUUUUUACAUUUUAUACGACGUUCAAUAGGUCAAAAACUUCAAAACUGAGGAAAACGUCCCCAAAUUAACCCAUCUGUUUUCGUGUGUGUGUGUAUGUGUGCGCGCGCGCGUGUGUGUGUGUGUUGGGGGCGGGGGGUUUCCUGUUAUGCAAUAAGGCUGUUGAGCGUUAACCUGCAGUUCCAGACUCUGCCAGUAGGGGGAGCUCCUGACCAGUGAGGCAGCGUGUGUGUGUGUGUGUGUGUUUGUGCAUGCGGAUUGGGGAUCAGUUAAAGGCCAUAUUUCAUAUUUUUUCAUAUUUUUUAUUGUAUGAUAUUAAUUCCUCUCAUUAAUGUUCAUAGUUUUUUUUUUCAUGUUUUUAGACUCAUUAAAAAAAAAAGCUGAGCACUCUGUCUGUCGCUUCAUAUUUGAAUAAUAAAGUUUGUUUCUAUUCAGAUUUUUAUUGUCGUAACCAGGGAACAUUGAGCGUGUUGUACAUAUGAAAUGUUUUUGAAGCUGAUGGGAGUGUUUUUAAAGAGGCGGCGUGGCUGGAAGUUCACCAUAUUUUGCAGAAAAUAAAGAAAUGA